AUGGCCGGGAGGGGCGGCGGCACCGACACCGACACCUCCCCGCUACCGGGGCCGGGGGUGGGGGCAGAGCGGCGGCGGCGGCAGCAGCCCCAGCCCCAGGAUGCGCUGCCCGGCGCCGGUGCCCUGCGAGGGGCAGAGCGUUGGCAGCGGGCGGCGGGGAUGGAGGCGGCCCUGCGGCGCUGCUGCUGGCGGCGCUGGCGGCUGGGCGGGCGGCGGUGCGCGCUGGCGGCCGGGCUGCUGGGAGCCGCCGCCGCCGCGCUCGCCCUCUACUCGGCGCUGCCCGAGCCGGCCCGGGGGGAGGGCGAGGCGGUGACCGUGCUGCUGUGGUGGGAGCCCUUCGGCCGCCCGCGGCGCCUGCCCGACUGCCGGCGGCGCUACAACAUCAGCGGCUGCCGCCUCAGCGCCGACCGCAGCCGGUUGGGCGAGGCGCAGGCGGUGCUGUUCCACCACCGCGACCUGGCGCGGCACGGCGCCGAGGGGCUGCCCCGAGGGUCCCCGCCGCGGCCCCCGCGCCAACGCUGGGUGUGGAUGAACUUCGAGUCGCCGUCGCACUCGCCCGGGCUGCGGGGGCUCGCCGGCAUCUUCAACUGGACCAUGUCCUACCGCCGCGACUCGGACGUGUUCGUGCCCUACGGGUACCUCUACGUCCCGCCGGCGCCCCGGCCCUUCGUCCUGCCCCGCAAGACGCGGCUGGUGGCCUGGGUCAUCAGCAACUGGAACGAGGAGCACGCCCGGGUGCGCUACUACCGCCAGCUGAAGGAGCACCUGCCCAUCGACGUGUACGGGGCGCGGGGGCUGGCGCUGGCCGAGGGCGGCCUGGUGGAGACCGUCUCAGCCUACAAGUUCUACCUGGCCUUCGAGAACUCCCAGCACACCGACUACAUCACCGAGAAGCUCUGGAGGAACGCUUUCUCCGCCAGCGCCGUGCCUGUCGUCCUGGGACCCCGCAGGGCCAACUACGAGCGCUUCAUCCCCCCCGAUUCCUUCAUCCACGUUGACGACUUCCCCAGCCCCCGGCUGCUGGCCACUUACCUAAAAUUCCUCGAUAAAAACAAACCCAGCUACAGGCGGUACUUUGCCUGGAGGAAGAAGUACGAAGUCCACGUCACCUCGUUCUGGGAUGAGCAUUUCUGCAAGGUCUGCGAGGCUGUUAGGACAGCUGGGAAUCAAAUCAAGACUGUUCAGAAUCUGGCCAGCUGGUUUGAAAGCUGAUGUUCCUGGCGGGUGACAGCCUGGACAGCUCAGACCAAGUGUCAAGGUGUCAGGAAGGAUGAUUCCCACAGAAAUCAUUAGCCCAGGUAGACGGCAUUAGCCGCAGGAGGCUGGCAUCAGUUGGAGAAGCAUACAGGUACAGGAAAACAAGCUGUGAAAAGCCUAUGAAAGGAAGAUUUUUAUUAAAGAGAAAAUUAUGAAGGUACAAAGAGACAUUAUGCUAGAUGAUUCCUAAAGAACAGAGUUAAAUUUCCAGAAGUUGUACUGUUACAGAACUUUUAAAUUUCUGCACAGCUCAACAUAAAUAUCUGAUGCCAAAUUCCCCAGCUGUACAGCUGAAACCAAUUUUGGCAGCUAUGACAACUUCCUGGACCGUGAAACUUUCCUCUGGUCACAGAAGACACAUGAUCAGUGCUGGUUUUCUGUAAUACUAAGACAAAAAUGAAUGUUUUAAACUGUUUUUUAUGCAUGUGAAAGCUAUUUACAGACAAAUUCUGAGCCACAAGUGUUGAAUGUAAGAAUCUGAUUUUACAGUAGCACCUUUUAGCUUGAAACUGCAGCAGCUAGUUAAUAAUGCUUUGAACCAAAUAAUUGUUCUGUUUAGGAAAAAGCCUGUGGGGGGACUGAAUCUAAAUGGACAAACAUUUAGAUGGUGUAAAGUAUGUACAACAAUUCCAGAUGAUGUAAAGUAUUUCUCCUACUACCUGCUGAAACCAUAGGCAUAUUUAUCCUGUAUGAGAGUAGAUUGGAACUUUAAGUACAGGAAAACACAGACUGUAGGGAAGAAAGUUGGAAAACUUCCACCCUCCCUUUAUUCAGGAAUUAGAAAAUGUUUACAGGUAUCUGCAUGUUUUUUUUCUGCAAAAUUAUUGACAUACAGGAAAAUGCAGGGAAAGGCUCAGAAUUGCAGGGGUUUUAUUGCUGUAUUGAAUAUAUAUACAGAAAGGCUAACUUUUUUCUCAAGUAUCAGCAGACAGUGCUGUUGUGUAGCAACUCUUUCGAUUUUUGGCAUGCAUUUAAAAAAAUUCUGCUGGAGGACAGACUAGUCAGAAUGUUGUUUUGUUGUUUUUAAAAUCAUAAUCACCAAAAAAAUCCCCAAACUCCCAAAUCACUUCCGUUCAGAAAGAAAAUUACUGUAGAGAAUAAGAUCUACAUUGUUGGUAAAAUACAGAUUGUGUGAGGAAAGAAUAUAAAAAGGGAAGGAUUUACUAUUUUCUCUUCCUUUGGUUUUGACGUCUUUUUGUGGCUCAGUUUUUUAAUCAAUUCACAGGUUCUUAAGGUAGAACUCUCUUCGCUCAGUGCCUGUCAAGGAACAUUUACAGUAGUCAUUCCGUUUUAGACUUCCACAUUUUGCUGGAGCCAUCCUAGUAGUGGAUGUUACAUGUAAUCCUGCUCUGCCAAAGCCAGAUCUUUUGGUUACAUGUAAUCUUGCUCUGCCAGAGCCAGAAAGAAACUUCUGUUACAAUUACACAUUCUUGCCAAGCUCAGCCUCCCUGUCUUCUGCAGCUCUGAAGUUUGGUGGCAAAAAAAUGGCAACCUACAAGAGAGAGACUUGCCCACCUGAAUAAGAUAUUCAUUCUGCUGCUUUUUAAUCCAUGGAGUUACUCAGAGAGUUCAUUUAGAAUAAAAUCAUGGGCACAGAACAGGUGGAAAAAGGAGAAAGUCAGUUGCAAAUAAAAGAUGGGCAUCAGAACAGGCAACCUCACUGGCAUUUGUGCGUCAUAUUUAGGUUAGGAAAGGAUUAGAUUUGACUUAAGCUCUAUGGGAUGUUGGAUGAGUGCUUUUAAGAUGUAUGAGCUGGCAGUCUACUGUAAUUUAUUUCUAGUUAGAUGUUCCCCAUUAUUAGGUAAGAAUGGAACCAAGGAUUAUUGGGAAAAAACCAAUAAUAAUGAAAUUCAUUAAUAAUUUGCACAGUUUUACCAGUUCAGAUCUUGCAGGCUUCUCCAAUUAUUCCCUUCUGCUUUUGUGCAAGGAGGGGGUUGGCUGAAAGUGCUUGAUGAAUCUUUCUGCUGCCAGUGCCAGAGUUGCUGUAGAAUAUUUAUUGGGAAGGGAGUGAAAACAAUCUAUGCAAUAUGGGAUGUAGUAGGGAUGAUUCCUAGUGCUGCACUUUCACUCCAAGAAGUAUAAAGUGAUUGUUUAAAGUAAAAGAGUGUUCUUCAUGGCAUGGUCAUCUGUUUCUCUAUCAGUAGUUACUGCUACCAUAAUACUGGGUUUGACAUUUUUAAAACUCCAAUAUAGGUAUAAUAUUAAGUAUAAUACUCAAGUGUCAGGAUGAUAGGUUCCCUGUUUUCCUUUGAAUGUAUAGUAUUUUUUUUCUGAUCAAUUUUUAUUAGAAUUUGCAGAACUGUAUACAAAAACCCAAUCUUAAAAGUAAUGAAAUGAUAUUUAAGAUUGCAAUAAUUUUUAUCAGUCUGCUGAAACCAGUGCAUUUUUUCAGUCCUCUUAAUUUUUUUAGCAUUGUGUGGAAGUUUCCAGGCACAUAGUUCUUCUGUGUAAUCAUUAGUAAUGCCAUGUGCAGAAGAUCAUGCUGCAGGAGCAUGGGAAUUUCCAGAGAUUGCAAGUGUUAAUUUUCUUCUCAGCCUCUCUAAAAAAAGAGUUGAAACCUUAGAGGGAAUAUUUUUGUAAAAUUCAGAAAAGAAGUCCAAAGCAAUUAAAGCAUCAUUUUGGUAAAGUGGACAGAAUUGCACAGUAUUUGUAAAUUGUGCAUUGAAGAUUUUCAAGAACUGUAGGGUGAAAACUGCAGAUUUAUAGUAAUUAUUGCAGAGCACUUGAAUUAGGAGAAGAGAAGCCUGUUCUAAUUUCAUCAUUCUUACACGGAUGUUGCAAAUUUGUGGCUUUCCAUUUGGGAGGAAAAUCAGCCUAGGCCUAUAGCUGCUGAAGUCAGUAUUACAGAAUGUCUAUAGAUCUCUGGUUUUUGGUCAUCCACACCAUGAGCUAAUAGUGUACUGUUACAGGUAAAGGACUGGCUUUUCUAAUGCACUUUGUAGAGCUCUAGUUCAAUGAUAAAUAUAAAGUUUGCCUGAAUUAACUGGUUUGUACAUUGGGUAACAAGGCAUUGCAGAUGAUGUAUAUAAUCCAGUUGUAAAAAUUGGGGAAAGCUAUUUUCUAUUUUUAGUCGAAAAAUUUCCUUGAAUACAUUUUGGAAAAUUUUUUAUUCCAUGCCUUAAAAUAUUGGGGUGGAGGGAGAGAAAGGAAGAUCAUUAUCUUCUGGGUUUUAAAAGAAGAAGAAUUACCAUUAAUUUUUGGUUAUGAUGUAAAUAGAAUAGAGAAUUAUGUGAUCCCUCAAAUUGCAUAUUCUAUCUCAGGGAAUUUUAUACUGUAAGGUGUCUUGAUCUUCAUAGAAUGAAGUAACUUUAUAUUAAUGAUAUAUAUUGACAUUCAAUAAAAUUAAAGGAAGUAGUGCAAAAUGACCCUAUUUUUUAUUCUGUUGUCUGUGUUAUGAAAGCUGAAGAAAACUGCUUUUUAAAGAGAAUGAAUGUCUUUUCAUGUUGGUUUAAUAAAUAAAAGUGGCUGAUUGUUCUCAGAGCAGUCAGACUAUCUGAGGUUACGCAUGAAACCUGGUUCUGCCAGGAGAAAAAUAUUUUCAUAGGAAACGCUGAGUUAUUUUCUAUAUGAAAAGGUGCAUUUAUUGAAAUUGGGUGUUGGAAAAAUGUAAUUUCAAACAAAAUAAAAAAACAAACUUUCUC